CAGGUGUUUGUUCAGCCAUUGGAAUAAGAACCUCUGAUAUGGAAGCCAGACGCGGUGAAGUUGUGCCCGUGCAGGGAGUGAUUGAGAUGCUGUUCCAGGGCUAGAGGCAGCAGUCGCACCGAUCCGCUGUCGGCAGGGGAGCCCCUCUCCAUGAGCCUGAGUGUGCCACUGGACCCGCUUUGAAGAGGAAUAAGGGACUUAAUAGGAUGUCAACAGAGGCCGAACUCCAGCCUGCUGCCAGAACCAGCGUGAGAAAGGAAUCCAAGAGGAGAGGGCAUGAUUGCAGCGAGGCAGGCCUGAUCCGGCGCUUCAAGGGCGAUGGCGUCCGCUACAAGGCCAAGCUGAUCGGGCUGGACGAGGUCACAGCAGCACGAGGGGACAAGCUAUGCCAGGACUCCAUGAUGAAGUUGAAGGGAAUCGCUGCCUCAGCGCGCUCGAAAGGAGAACACAAGCAGAAAGUCUUUCUCACCGUCUCCUUCGGCGGGAUCAAGAUCUUUGACGAGAAGUCGGGGAUUCUUCAGCACCACCAUGCGGUCCAUGAGAUCUCGUACAUCGCCAAGGACACCACAGACCAUCGGGCCUUCGGCUACGUCUGUGGCAAGGAGGGCAACCACCGGUUUGUGGCCAUCAAAACCGCUCAGUCCGCUGAGCCGGUGAUCCUUGACCUGCGCGACCUCUUCCAGCUGAUCUUUGAGAUCAAGCAGCGAGAGGAGAUGGAGAAGAAGGCGCAGAAGGACAAACAGUGUGAGCAGGCCGUUUACCAGACCAUUCUGGAGGAGGACGUUGAGGAUCCCGUGUAUCAGUACAUUGUGUUUGAGGCGGGACACGAGCCCAUCCGUGACCAAUCAGAAGAGAGCAUUUAUCAGGUUCCUACCAGCCAGCAAAAGGAGGGGGUCUAUGAUGUUCCAAAGCGGCACCCAAAUAUCAACCAGUUAGAGCUUUUCGGAGACAUGUCCACCCCCCCAGACAUCACCUCACCUUCGACUCCUGCCUCUCCGGCCAACACGCUGGACCCCUCGCUGGCCCACCAGCCCCCGUCGGAACUCUUUAACCCCUACAACCCCGCAUCCGUCCCCUCAGGUUACGUUACGAUGGGAGCCGUGCCGCCUGGCCACUGGGCGCAGCAGCCGUUUGGGGCGCAGACCUCGCUGGCGUUCGGCGUGCAGUCCCCGGUGCCCAUGGCUCAGGUGCUGCCCGGCGGCCAGCCGGUCAUCUGGGGCCAGGCCAACCUCUUCCCCGCCACGCAGCAGCAGUGGGCGGCCAUGGCGGCGGGCGCCUUCUCGCCCACGGCCUUCAUGCCCGCGCAGGCGGUGGGGCCGCUGCCGGCCGCCAUGUUCCAGACACUCGGACACCCCAUGGCCAUGCCGCCGUCCUGCGAGGCGCCGCCGGUGCCCGGGCCGUCCGGGGGCGCCAUGGGCGGCGGCCCGUGCUCCUCGUCGUCGGCCUCGUCCAGCCCGCAGCACGGCGGCGGCGCCGACCGCUCGCGGCAGAAGAUGAGCAAGGAGAUGUUCAAGGAUUUCCAGAUGGCCAAGCCGCCCGCCAUGCCCGCGCGCAAGGGCGCCAGCGGCGAGCAGCCCAACCUGCAGUGCACCACGGACGCGUUCACCAGCUACUUCAGCCGCGUGGGCAUGGCGCAGGACGCCGACGACUGCGACGACUUCGACAUCUCCCAGAUGAACCUGACGCCGGUCACCUCCACCACGCCCUCCACCAACUCACCCCCCACCCCGGCCCCUCGGCAGAGCUCCCCCUCAAAGUCCUCGGUGUCCCACGCCAGUGACCCCCCCACCGAUGACUCGUUCGGGGAGGGGGACGGUAGCCCCAGUCGGAGCGGAGAGGAAGAUGCUGCUGGAGACGCCCAGUCUCCCUCCACGAGUGAGCCCAGUGUUGAGCCGUCUGAGCAGGACAGUCCACAGGUCGGUAGCUAGAUACUAGCAGCAGGUCAGGGGGAAGGAUCCUCUCUACGCCCAGAUUAACAAAGGACAGAAGUGAGGGGGAACAAAGGGACAAAAAC